AUGAAUUUUCUUCCGAUCGAUCAUUUAUUGGUGUAUGGAGUGAGUUCUCGAUACAAUGUAUAUAGACAAUCUUGGUUUAUUGACGUAGUUUCCAGCACGUUAUCGACAUGCCUUCAGGCUAUUGAAAUUUUGACACUUCCCAAUUUUGUGAGUCUUAGGAAUACUGAUCUGUUAGGUGAGUGUUUUCGUAACAAAUGGUUCUUGACACUUGAAACUUCAACAGAUUUCCACGCAGUGAUAAAAAAAUAUAUUCUAUGCCCUGUGGGACACGCUGACGUUGAGAGCACUUUGGAAACAUUUCUGAUUCCUAAUUCCUGCGCCAAAAUUUCAUCAAAACUUCAAAAUGAUUAUGGAUUUAUGACAAAUGCAGUGGUGAAUUGGACGAAGCUAAAGGGCAAGGUGGGCAAGGUGGGCAAGUUGCAACUGGCGGCGUAAUAAACAAUAUCGAACGAUUGCGAGGAGUUAUUAAAUCGGCCAAAUAAAAUCGAUCCACUUAUU